AUUUACAUACAUAGCUUUGAAUAUGGACAAUAUUGGGAGCAUUAUUGAUACUAGAAUAAGAAUAAAACCAUCACAAGAACUUGUCAAAUUCAUCAACGAUAUAGAUGUUGAUCAAUUUACAGAAAAUAUAUAUGAACUAAGAAAGGCAUCAGAUAGUUUGAAAGAUAAUUGUUCAAUAUUGGAAACAAAUGAUUCUAACUCUAAUAAACUUCUUUCACAAGAUAUUGAAGUUCUAAAUAAAAUUAAGAAAGAAUAUAGUCAAAAAAAUGAUAUUAAAUCUGAUAAGAAGCCCAAGGAAGAAGAGACAAAACCAGAAAUAUUAAACAAUGAUAAACAUAAGCAUAUUUACUUAGAUUUAAAAGAUUUAGAUUUUAUUCUGGAUUAUAUUGUAAAACGAAAUGCAUCAUCUACUGACAAAAUUUAUUUACAUGAGUUAUUAGCUAAAAGUACUAUAGUUCUACCACAAAAUGAAGUAAUUAAAAGAAAUCCAAUAUUGGAAGCAAGGUGUGAAAAACUAAGAGCAGAACAAGAAGCCAGGCAUUAUCGCAGUAUUACAAAAAAUGUAGACAACCAGCGCAAGCAUGAACCAGAAGAAACUAUAGCCUACCAAAUUAGUCAGAUGAAUAGACAAAUGAUAGCAGUGCUCCAGUUUAUAUUCUCUGUAGCUGCUGGAUUUGUUUUUGGCUUCAUUGGUUUGGAAUUGAUGUUUGGUGAACUUGAUUUUGGUUUUCGUUUACUGAUGGGUAUUAUGUGUGCACUCAUAAUUGCAAUUGCUGAAAUUUACUUCUUAGCUAAAAAAUUAAAUGAGGAAGAAGUCAUAAUAAAUGUACCUACUCAAGCACCAAAAACUACAGCAGAUGAUAAAAAAUCUGUGGAAAAAACUAUGACUAUGAAUGAAAAUAUGAAAACCAAAAUCAAAUUGAACAAG